AACACGUUGUGUUUCUUGUCCUUGUAGUUUCUGCAGGACACCCUUGAUGCCCUGUUUAACAUUAUGAUGGAGAACUCAGACAGUGACACGUUUGACACCCUGGUGUUUGAUUCCUUGGUAUUCAUAAUUGGACUCAUUGCAGACAGAAAGUUUCAGCACUUUAACCCCGUCCUUGAGACCUACAUAAGGAAGCAUUUCAGUGCUACUCUGGCGUACACGAAGCUGACCAAGGUUUUGAAGAACUAUGUGGAGAAUGCAGAGAAGCUGACGGAACAGCUGCUGAAGGCCAUGAAAGCUCUGGAGUACAUAUUCAAGUUUAUAGUGCGUUCCAGGGUCCUCUUCAACCAACUGUAUGAGAACAAAGGAGAAGCAGACUUCAUGGAGUCCUUGAGGAAUCUCUUCACUUCCUUCAAUGACAUGAUGAACAUCAACUCUGAGAACACAGGCAUGGUGAAGGGCGCAGCGUUGAGAUACGUCCCCACCAUCGUGAACGACGUCAAACUGGUCUUCGAUCCCAAGGAGCUCAGGUAGGUUGUCAUCAGGGAAACUGCU